AUGGCGACAAUGUCUCCUGCCAAGAGUUGUCUUGGUACCUCACGUCUCCUGGUCAGAAACCGAAAUGCCACCAUCUCACAUUUCAGCACCCCCAAACGAUUGAGGAUGGCCUUGAAUCCUAUGCCGCCGUCAGCAGGCCGCGCCCGCGCCGCAUACUCAAGUUUCCCACCGGCCAAAAGUGGCUCUCUUGACGAUAUCCCAUCGAAAAGAACAUUUCGUCUGAAAGAGACCCCGGCGAAGGAACUUCUUUGCCUUGAAUGGUCUAAACCACCCAGGAAUCUUUUGUUGAUCAAAAAGGACUGCUCAGAUGCAACAACAGACGCUCUUCUGGACUUCGUCAGACAUGUUUCAACGACGUAUCCUGAUGUGAAUAUCGUGGUCGAGCCCCGAGUCUCUGCUGGGAUUGGGGAAGAACUCCUAGGACGGCACUAUACUCUGCCAGGAGUUGAUCAUUCACACCGGCAAUAUCAAGACAAGGUCGAUCUGGUUGUCACCUUCGGCGGUGAUGGGACCAUCUUGCAUGCAGCCUCCCUGUUCGCCACCUCCUCACAGGUGCCGCCUAUCCUAUCCUUCAGCAUGGGUACUCUCGGGUUUUUGAGUGAGUGGAAAUUUUCCGAGUACAAGCGGGCCAUCCGCGAAGUAUAUAUGUCGGGUGCUGCCUCUGAGCGUCACGCGGUCAUUGAAAGUGAAGCUUCGAACGACGUCGACUGCUCAAAUGAUUACACAGGCUGGUCGUCUGUCCGUGGAAAAUCGAUGGGGCCUGAAAGAGGCGCAAGGGUUCUGGUCCGACAACGGCUGAAGGUGGGCGUCUUCGACGCCAACGGCAACCGCCUGAGCAGUAAUGGUGGCUUCUCCGACGAUAUGUAUGCGAUGAAUGAGGUCAUUAUACACCGAGGUCGAGACCCUCAUCUGGCCAUUGUCAAUGUUUACGUCGGCGGCAGAUUCCUCACCGAGGCAGUCGCCGACGGCAUGAUUGUUUCCACACCUACAGGGAGCACGGCAUAUAGCCUCAGCAGUGGCGGGAACAUCGUCCAUCCCCUCGUUCCCUCGUUGUUGUUGACACCAAUCUGUCCACGGAGUUUGAGUUUUCGCCCUCUGGUUCUACCAUCUACCACUCCCAUCACUUUGAAAUUGAGCGACAAGAACAGGGGUCGAGAGGUCGACGUCAGUAUCGACGGCAUGAGACGGACGCAGGGUAUCGGCGUCGGUACAGAGGUUCGGGUCUCGGCCGAGGACAUUACCACCCACGCAGGGGCCUUCACUGGCGGCAUCCCAUGUAUCAUGCGAACCAUCAGUGCAGGUGCCGAUGGGGAUGACGGCUGGGUGGGCGGACUGAACGGCCUUUUGAAGUUCAACUAUCCCUUUGGCGAGGAGAAGUGA